AUGUCGAGACGUGGUGGGCCCUCUACAAAACCAUUGAGUCCGACGUGUGCGAGGAAGAGAACUGUGAGUUUUUCACGAAAAUCGGCAACGUUCACUGAAUGAUUUCGCUUCUUUUUCAGGCCAGAACAUCGGCGUCGCCCCAGGAAAAUGGAUCUCAGAGAGGACGGACUCGACGGAAGAAUCCGAAGGUCUCAUUAGCAUUCCUGAAUUGAUCAGUUCGUCCGAUGAUUCAAUCGAUAAUAUCUUUCAGCUGGACGACAAUUUGAAUGGCUCAGAUGCCGACAAACUCUGGCAGAAGGCCAUCGAGCACGCGUUCUGGAGGAAAGGAAAGGACGUGGACACUAGAGAGCUGAGAAGCAUCAUGAGAAAGUACGGAAACAGUCGCAGAACGUUCGUAGAUGCCGUCACGUACUUUCAAAUUCUCAUAAACAGGAAGGCGUUCGAUGAUGUGAGUUUUUGCGGUUCUGCACCUCAACAGUCUACGAUUUCAUCGCUUUUUAUAGAGAGGCGUUGGAGUUCAGUCAAAGGCGACGGGGCAGUCCAACGGCCACGGACCUUCCAACGGAUAUGGUCCCGUUCAAGUCAGAGCUAGAUCAAAAGCGACUGCACUGUCCAACGGCCAAGGACCGUCCAACGGAGCUGGUCCUGUUCAAGUUCGAGCUCAAUCAAAAGCGACGGCUCAGAUCAACGGCCAAGGACCGGAUACCUCGCGGCGAACAUCAGAAGAUAAUGGACAAGCAGGAGCCGAUGCGUUGGCGGAACGGAACGGCAGAGCCCGGUCCACGAGUUCAACAGAAGCCUACCUCAACUCUUGGACUCGCCCUGAUCAAGUGUCCUCGUCAAUGAAACCGGCAGUGGACGGAGUGGAGGACAUGAUCAAAACGAUCAAAAACUCGCCGCAGAAUAAGGGAAUGAGAAGAAGUCAAGGAUCGUCCAACGGAACUGGUCCUGUCCGAGUCGGAGCUCAGUCAAAAGGAACGGUGCGCUCCAACGGAGCUGCUCUUAUUCAAGUUCGAGCUCAGCCGAAACCGACGACGUCGUCCAACAGAUUUCGAGGUUCAAUGCACUUGUUAUCUGAAGAAAACUGGCAGGAGGUCUAUGACGCCGGCGAUUCUGAUGACGUGCGUUUCAAAUCGAUCAACUAUGCUUUCAAGAUAUCAAGAUCAUGUUUCAGGAUAUUCAAAUUGUAGACACGGCGGUAGAUUCUCGACGGGUGAUCUGUCUCGACAGCGAUCCAGAAGACGUGCGUUUCGAAUCGAUAAACUAUUUCAUCAAGAUCAUGUUUCAGGAUGUUCAAAUUAUGUACUCGUCGGUAGAUGCUGAAGGCGCUCCGAACGGGGUUAUUCAUCUGGACAGCGAUUCGAAAGACGUGCGUUUCAAACCGAUUUCAAGAUAUUACGAUCAUGUUUCAGGGACGUCAACGUUUGAGCUCGUCGUUAGAUGCAAGAGGCAAUCCGUAUAGGAAGAUUUAUCUGGACAGCGAUUCAGAAGACGUGCGUUUCGAAUCGAUAAACUAUUUCAGCAUGAUUAUGUUUCAGGAUGAUCAAAUUGAGGAUAGUAAUGGGCGAAAAGGACCAGGACUAGAAGAAGAUCAAGGAGAAGUGGGAGAGGAGGAAGAGCAAAUGGAAGUCGAUCAAGAGGUUCCAAGCAGUUCGAAGGCUCCGGAAAACGAAGAAGAAGAGUUGGAUGCUCAGGAAAACAGAGGCGGAUCAGAAGAUGAAUAUGAAGAAGUAAACGAUGUCGAGCAGAUGAUCGAGACAGUUCAAGACGCUCAGAAACACGAAGAAUUUGAGCAAUUGGCCCAGAACGGUCACGAUGCUCCGGAAGCUAAAGAACAAGAACCUGUAGGUAUCUCUCUACUCGAAGUUUGAUCGUACCCCUUUGUAUCAUAGUGUUUUCAGACCCAAACCCCGACGAUUCCACCUCCACUCAAAUCGGCCUUCCAAACUCGCUCCACGGCCAACCUACGAGCGCGUUUUUGUGAAGAGGCAAUAGAAGAAGAUGAAAGAAAAAAUGCUGUUAAGGUCCGUUUUGUCUCUUUUUGACAACCACUGUUCACAGUAGAAAGCCGGCAUUUCUUCGAUAGAUAAUAUGUAAAUUUCAGGAAAAGGAAGCCAAAGAAGCAUAUGAGGACAGAGAAAUCAAGGAAGAGGUGAGCUUUAAUUUGAAAAAAACCAUGUAAUUAUCCUCGUUUUCUUCAGCCAAAUUCUGGAUCCGACUCGGAUGAUCCCUAUGACGUGAGUGGAAUGAAAGUGUGACAGUAGGACAAAAGUGUGUCCGUUUCAGAGACUUUGGGCAAUCAGCGAGCCCUUCAAAAGGGAACAAAAGCGAAUGGAAGAAGAGGACGAAGUUGUGGAACCAGAAUUUGAGGAAGAGGAAGAAGAAGAAGACGAGGAACGCCCCCGAGUUCAAUGGGCCAAGAGUGAGUUCCGUUUCUUGGACGACGAGGAUUCGGUUCCAUCUGACGAUCCCGAUGAAGAGGUCCAUCCCGAAUUGACUCCGAUGCCGAACGACAACAAUCCAGAAGAGGUGCUCCCACAUGAAGAACAUCAGCCGGUACCCGAUGGAGUCCCGAUUGAAGACGUUCCCGCUCAACCGAAAGGAAGAUCUUCUCAACCUGCAGCGGCUCCGACAGAAAGAGCUGAUCCAUUUGUGAACAGUGCUCCCGGUUAUGUGAAUCCAAAGUUCCCGGAGAGACCACAGAUGAGGAGGAGAAGCACGAGGAGCAGGCCGGCACGCAAAUAA